AUGUGUGGAACUAAAAAUUCAGUUGAAACCACGACUUCGAGUACACAAUCUAGUUGUCCAACUGGUUUCACAUUGUUUAACAGAACAACAUAUUCGUGGUGCCUGUCUUAUUGCAGUUUUGCAGAUCAAACUAAAAACAUAUACGAUAACGAUGACAUCAGUGAAUGCUGUCAAUCACUGAAUUCAAAAUCAAAAGCAUCAGGAUUUCAAACAACAGAAGAACUACACAAAAUGAAUGAAAUUAUUUCGGAUGCAAGCACUGAAAAUGCAUACAAUUCAUAUUUUGUUGGCGCUGGAAAAGCAGCAAAAUGUUCUUCAACUCAAACAUGCACACCUCAAGAUUUUUUCGAAUGGACCGAUGGUCAUACAUCUGGAACUGAUGGAUUUGUGUGGAGUGAAGAUAUAGACACAACUUCAGCAGUUUAUGCAAUAUUAUUAAUUUCCGACGACGCAUUAAGCGGUAGUAGUAUAAAUGCUGUGGCAAAUGGUGCGAUUUGUGGAAUGUUGGCGGAUUAA